UCGUCCAAAACUAUCUCUCGACGUGUGAUCGUUGCCAAAGGUCGAAGAUUCCACGACAUCGUGCAUAUGGCCUUCUGGAUCCACUCAGGACACCAUCGCCAUGAUGGGAGGAAUUGUCAGGCGAACAUAUCACAGCAAUCUGUUCAAGCGAUGGAUCGAACGUCAUCCUCAUUAUCAUGGGAUUUUUCAGCACUUCGUGUGACAUAUCUUCGCCGAUCGCGGCUUCCCCAAGUCUAUCAUUUCAGAUCGGGAGCCCACCUUCGACCCUCACUUCUUCCACGACACCAUACAACAUACUGAAGGUCACAUCAAAGCUUUCAUCCUCGUAUCCUGUUGCUAUCGACGGGCAAAUCGAAAGAGUCAUUGAGACGUUGAACGCAUACUUGAGAUGUUACGUGGAGUAUCUCCUGAACGACCGGGCUAGUUGACUCCCAAUGGCACAGUUUGCUACUAACAGUGCCUUUUCUGCCUCAUGCGGAAAGUAACUUUUGGCAUGGUGGACGGUCGCAUUCCUUGCAGCG